AUGAAAAAACAAACUUCUAGUAAAAAUAAGCCAACGGGUACACCAAUAAUUAAGGAAACACCAUCUAAAGUUGCUGCAAAUGCACUAUCCGACUUAGACCUAAAUAAAAGUUCGGAAGCAAAGACCAAUCUAAAUACUAAUUUACAAACAGUCCAAGAAGGUAAUCAAGAGGGAGGAGAGAGUAAAAACGAAGCUGUUGCAGCUAGAGAGUUGGCUGAGAGGUUAACUAAAGCUAAUGAAGAUCACCAAGCGUUUAAGAAGAAACAUGCUGUUCAUCGUCAUAAAUUAAAAGACAUGGAAAAAGAUGAGCCAUUAUUGGUUGAAAAUAAACAUCGUUUUGUUAUAUUUCCAAUUCAAUAUCACGACAUCUGGCAGGCUUAUAAGAGAGCAGAAGCCUCUUUUUGGACUUCAGAAGAAAUUGAUUUGUCUAAAGAUAUACAUGAUUGGAACGAUGUAUUGAAUGAAAAUGAAAGAUUUUUCCUUUCUAGGGUUUUGGCAUUUUUUGCUGCCAGUGAUGGUAUUGUUAAUGAAAAUUUGGUAGAGAAUUUUUCUGCUGAAGUUCAAAUUCCGGAAGCCAAGUGUUUCUACGGUUUUCAAAUCAUGAUGGAAAAUAUACAUUCUGAAACAUACUCUUUGUUAAUAGAUACUUAUAUCAAAGACCCCAAGGAAUAUGAUUUUCUAUUGAACGCUAUUGAGACCAUUCCACAGAUUAAGGAGAAGGCUGAAUGGGCCAUCAGAUGGAUUCAAGACUCUGAUGCCUUGUUUGGUGAAAGGUUGGUAGCUUUUGCCGCUGUAGAGGGUGUUUUUUUUAGUGGUUCCUUUGCUGCCAUUUUUUGGUUAAAGAAAAAAGGUUUGAUGCCAGGGUUAACAUUUUCUAAUGAGUUGAUUUGUAGAGAUGAAGGUUUACACACUGAUUUUGCUUGUUUGUUGUUUGAGCAUUUGAAGAAUAAGCCCGACCCAAAAAUUGUGGAGAGAAUAAUUACAGAGGCUGUUGAAAUUGAAAAGAGGUAUUUUAUCGAAGCUAUACCUGUUGCUUUGCUAGGUAUGAAUGCCGAUUUGAUGAAUCAAUAUGUUGAAUUUGUUGCUGAUAGACUAUUGGUUGCCUUAGGUAAUGAGAAAUACUUUAAAGUUACCAAUCCAUUCGACUUUAUGGAAAAUAUAUCUUUGGCUGGUAAGACCAAUUUCUUUGAAAAGAGAGUUUCCGAUUAUCAAAAAGCUGGUGUCAUGGCUAAAAGUAAUAAAUCCGAACCAGAUACUGGUGCAUUCAAUUUUGAUGAAGAUUUCUAA